AUGAGUCAUCCUCAAAGUUAAGUUGCUAUUGAUCAUUAAACAAAAAAUAAAGGAGUUGAUAUUACAUGGAGAAAUGUGAAAUACACAGCUCACACUAAAUAAUAUCAUCGUGAAAUUUUAAAAGGUUUAUCAGGUAUUUGUAAAGCAGGAGAAAUGACUGCUAUUAUGGGUAGCUCUGGUGCUGGUAAGACAACUUUAUUAAAUAUUCUUUGCUGUAGAGCUGGAAAUACAAAUGAAGUUAAGCUUUCUGGAGAUAUAACAGCUAAUGGUUAGCCUUUUGAUGCAAGAUCCUUUUCUAAUUUUGCAGCUUAUGUAAUGCAAGAAGAUCUUAUAAUGGAAACUAUGACAGUAAGAGAAGCUCUUUAAUUUGCAGCAGAUCUUAAAAUGACUGGAAAUUAAUAAGAAAAAGAUGCCAAAGUAAAUGAAGUUCUUAAAAUUAUGCGUUUAGAAAAGUGUUAAAACUCAUUAAUUGGUGGUUUAACAGUUAAAGGUAUUACUAAGGGUGAAAAGAAGCGUACUUCAAUCGCUUUCGAGUUGGUGAGUGAUCCUGAUGUUAUCUUCUUAGAUGAACCUACUAGUGGUUUGGAUUCUUUCACUGCAUACAAUGUUGUUGAUGUUUUAGAAUAAUAUGCAAAAUAAUAAAAUAAAACUAUCAUCUGCACUAUCCAUUAGCCUUCAUCUGAAAUAUUUAUGAAAUUCGAUCGUUUGAUUCUUUUGGUUGAUGGUAAAUUCAUUUACCAAGGCCCUAGAAGCAAGGUAAUACAGCAUUUUGGCUCUUUUGGCUUUUAAUGCCCUCAAUUAAGUAACCCAGCAGAUUAUUUCAUGAGUAUAAUGCAUGCAGAAUCUCAAGAAAACAGAGAUAACUAUAAAACUUAUUUUGAACACUUUGAUUAAGAUUUAUAUCCAUUGAUUGAUGAAGAGAUAAAAUUACACAACACAGAUUUAAUAGUCCAUAAAUCAGCAUAAGCUUAAUAUUUUUCAUAGCUUAAACAUUUAACUGUACGUUCAUUCUUAAAUUUGAAGAGAAAUCCUCUUCUUUCUCGUUCCAGAUUUAUUUAGGCUAUUGUAUUAGGUCUAUUCACUGGUAUAGUUUACUCAAGUCUUCCUGACCCAGAAACUCACGCAGACGAUUAGCGUGCAGUUAAUGACUACAAUGGUGCACUUUUCUUCUUAGCCAUGGUUAUGCACAUGAACUCAAUGUUACCUGUCGUUUUAACAAUUCCAAGUGAAAGACCUGUCUUUUUAAAAGAAGAAAACGCCAAAAUGUAUGCAGUUUCUGCUUAUUUCUUUUCUAAAUUAAUAGUUGAAAGUAUUAUGGUUGUAUUAUUACCACUAAUAUUUGGCAGUAUUUGCUACUACAUGAUUGGCUUAAAUAAGGGUUUUGAUCAUUUUUGUUUCUUUAUUCUAGUAAGUAUCAUAUAAAGCUUUGUUGGUAAUGCUUAAGGCAUGUUUUGUGGUUCUCUCUUCAGAGAUGCAAAUACAGCAAUAAAUAUAACUCCUAUGAUGAUUAUGCCAUUUAUGUUAUUUGGUGGUUUUUAUAAAAAUGCAGAUGAUAUGCCAGCUUGGAACAGAUGGAUUUAAUGGCUUUCCAAUUACAGAUAUACAUUUGAAGCUUAUGCUCGUAAUAAUUAUGAAGGUAGUCCAUUUACAAUUGACCCAGUUGAACAACUUGGCUUAAAUGUAGGAAAAUGGAAUUGUGUAUUAAUCUUAUUCUGCUUAUUUAUAGGAUUUUAAACACUUGCUCUAUUACUUCUUAAAUUCAAAAAACAAAGUAUGUAAUGA